AUGAAAAAACAAUAUACCCCAAUAACCAAUAAUUUUUAUGUUAAACCAAAUAAUCAAUCCCCAUCACAUAUAUUUGGUUUAACAACUUCCCCAUCACAACUUGGACAAUUUCCACCACCAAAUUCAUCUGCUCCAUCCGCUAUUUCAUCAAAAACCUCAGAAGAAAAAGAAUGGAUAUUUGGUUCAAAAUAUUUGGAAAUAAUAAAAAAAAGGGAAAAAGAAGAAAAAGAAAGGGAAGAAAACCAAAAAUUAAUAAAAGACAAAAUGAAAGGUUUUUGCAAUAAUUGUAUUUCAGGAGAAAUAGAACCACUCCAUUUGUCUUAUAUUAUGUGCGGUCAUAAAUUUUGUUAUGAUUGUAUUUUAAGAAGAUCACUUAGUGACCAAACCUGCCCACUUUGUGAACAACCUUUUGAUCAAAUCCAUGUGGCGAUUAAAUUAAUACUUUAA